AUUGGAGUUUAAGCCAGAGGGUUAAACAAGGUUAACUAGAAGGCUGUACUCUUGUAGUUAAUAUUAAUAGGUUAAUUAAUUGCUAGUUAUCAUCACUAGCAGGAAAGCAACAAGCAGCAACAGCUCAAGAGAUUCACUCAGUCUUUUUUCUUUGCGGCUUUUCCUUUUGAAUUUCUCAUUGGUUUGAAUUGCACAUCUGAUGUCUACUGAAGGGUCCAGGGAUGGCCACUCCGAUCCUCCAACCGGUGGCACGGGGUCUCGCGAGACAGAUGCUACACGGACUCCCGCGUCUGGCUCAGGUGCCACUGGCUCUGGCAGCUCAUCCGGCACUGCUCGUACUCUCCCGUCAGACUCUGGAGGUGGCGAUGGUACUGGUCCUGGAGGAGCUACGGGGACACGUCUGUCCGCCGAAGAGCUGAGGAGCAUCACAGAGGCAGUGAUCGCAGCCAUUCAUACAUCAGAAGCCUCAGCUCCAGGGACAGAAGGGUUGCCCGUGGACCCCAGUCUCACAUUAAGCAGUGGGGAUCUGCCACUUCAUAGCUCUGCUGCCAUGUCCGCAGUUAAAGAGAUAGCUGCUACGUCCUUGUCAGUGGCCUCAACAUGUCUGGUAGAUGAGGGUCUCCCUCCCAUCCCUACCAAGCUGGUCGAGAAAAUCAGGAGGUGGGAGUUUAUUGAUCUGUCCCUUUUACUACAUGACCCCUCCUCCAAGUCGGAGGAAUCUCUCGUCCAGCAGCAGGGGUCACAAAUCAUGAUAUUCCAAUCAGUGGAACAAGCUCAAAAGAGAAGGAAGCAGAUUACUGACAUAGUGUCAUGGAUAAAGGCCUUCUCCAUUUACUCAGCUGUCCUAGCAGCAGCAGAGGAGACGACCAGGGAAGAAGUGGUGGGCCUGUUAGCUCACAUGCAUCUGAUCACUCAGCUGUCGAGGGACUUGGCCGGGGGGAGGUGGAUAUCAUAUGACUCUGAAUUCAGGGCGUGGGCAGCUGCCAAAGGAGUACGCAAGUGGGGAGAGUUAAACAUCAUAAUUUAUGGCAGAUGUCUGCCAAUAUGGCGUACGCCAGGAGCUCCCCCUUCCCCAUCUCCCCCGUCAAGCCAACUUCCCUCUAGCAAGGGUCUCAGCUCGAAGAGACCCAAGUCAUCCCAAAAGGUCUGUUUCCAAUGGAAUUUCUCCUCAGUAUGCGAACGAGCCGAGUCAUGUCGGUUUAGUCAUGCCUGCUACUACUGUGGGGAUCCGUCACACAGGGGCUUGGACUGUGGGAAACGCAGUAGGAAAGAGAGGUCAGCCACCUCAUCAGAAUGAGGCAGGGGUCUUAAGCUGGUCAAGGAACAUUUAUCACAUUCAUUAGUCACUGUAUCAUAGUAUUUCCCGGAGGCUUUGGGCCCCUUGUUUAAAAAUAUUUGUUAAUUUUU